UUUCGUUGAAGUUCAUCGCCGUCAAACCUUAACUCACGCCGAAUCCCAAGUUCCGACCAAACUGAUGUAUAAGAAGAUAGCAUUAUUUCCCAGAACGAAUCAUGUUCUCUCCUUACCCAACGAGAAAAGGAUCCAUCAAGUUCUGAGGAAGCUCUCCACAGCUGUUGAAAGGUUAGAUUUUGGAAACUCUAAUGAAUACCAAAUAGAGGAUUCGUCACAUAUGAACAACCCUAAAGAAGGGUUUAAGGGGAGCAGUGGAAAUGGGCAAAGCCAGAACCCAACUGGGAGCUAUGGGAAAGUUAGUGAAACUCGUCAGAGUUUGGGUUCUUCAAAUCAUGAGCAGCCGUGGAAGCAGAGUCCUGGUAUGUCUAAUAACUCGCAGGUCCAAUCUCAUUAUCAAGGCAAUUGGUAUGGGACAAACUCUGAUUAUCAGAGUAGUAGUGUAGGAUCGUCUUUGCAUUCUGGUAAGACUAUUGAUCGCAAAGUAUAUGAUGAAAUGAUUAAGGAAUUUGAGGGAUAUUGCGAACAAAAGAAUCUAAGAAUGGCCUUAACUACUAUGGAAAAAUUGGAGCUUAAGGGUUAUGUUAUGGAUUUACGUAGACUUAUAUGGUUAUCUCAGCUAUGUGGGGGAGAAAAUGCUUUUCUAGAAGAUAGUAUUUUGCAAGAAGCCAAGGUUUCUGUUCAGAGGAAGAUCAGAGCUAAAGUUUACAAUUUAAAACCGGAUGAUUUGGAUGAUUUGAAGUAUUUUACUGAUUGGGCGAUUAACGAACUUGAUGAAUUUUGCAAACAAGGUAAGGUGAAAAAGGCCUUGUGUACAAUAGAUACAUUGGCAAGUCUGAAUCAUGUUGUGGAUUUGAAUAGUCUUUUACGGUUAGCAAAGCUGUGUGGGGAAGCAGAGGCUUUAGAAGAAGCCAAGGCUGUUCAUGGCAAGAUUAUUGCUUUGGCUCGCCAUUUAGAUGUUAGUAGUUACCAUGUACUGUUAGAGAUGUACUCCAACUGUGGGUUGGUGUAUGAAGCCGCGAGUGUUUUUGAGAACAUGCCUGAGAGGAAUUUGGAGACUUGGUACAUUACAAUAAGAUGUUUUGCAAAGAAUGGUCGAGGAGAAGACGCUAUUGAUUUGUUUAGCCGCUUCAAACAAGAAGGAAACAAACCCACUGCUCAACUAUUUAGAGGAGUUUUCUAUGCAUGUGGUAUGUUAGGUGAUGUUGAUGAGGGACUGUUGCACUUUGAGUCAAUGUCUAGAGACUACGGCAUCGUCCCUUCCAUUGAAGACUAUGUUAGCCUCGUUGAGAUGUAUGCGUUACCCGGAUUUUUAGAGGAGGCUGUAGAAUUUGUAGAGAAAAUGCCGAUGGAGCCAAACGUUGAUGUGUGGGAAACAUUGAUGAAUCUUUCUCGAGUGCAUGGGAAUUUAGAACUUGGAGACCAGUGUGCUGAGUUUGUUGAAUUGUUAGAUCCUACACGGUUGAAUAAACAAUCUCGGGAAGGAUUUCUACCGGUCAAGGCAUCAGAUGUUGAGAAAGAGAGUCUAAAGAAAAGGUCGGGAGUUCAUGCCCUUCCCGGAGUGACAAAUAAGACGAGUGAAUUUAGGGCAGGGGAUACCAAUCUUCCAGAGAAUGAUGAACUGUUGGAGCUAUUGAGAAAUUUAAAGAUGCAUAUGAUAGAGGUGGGCUAUGUCGCUGAUACAAAACCUGCUCUGCAUGAUAUCGACCAAGAGAGUAAAGAGACAGCACUUCUUGGUCAUAGUGAGAGAAUAGCUUUUGCUCGUGCUGUUCUCAGCACCGCACCCCGCAAACAAAUUACUGUUUUGAAAAACCUCCGUGUGUGUGUUGAUUGUCAUAACGCAUUGAAGUUUAUGGCAGAUAUAGUUGGUAGAGUAGUGAUCAUGCGAGAUAUAAAGAGGUUCCACCAUCUUAAAAACGGGGCUUGCAGCUGUAAUGACUAUUGGUGAUUAACGACAAACCUGAGUGUUGGAAACUUUGGCAGGAUGGAAAAACAUAAAGCAACAGAAUCACAGAGACAAACUGAAAUCAUAAGCAGCAACUUUGCUAUCACGUCUUUUUUUUCAGGCAGUUACAUCGUGGAGCUGCCAUAUUGUUGUCACAGAUGAUAGAUCAAUCUUAUUCUCUUGUCAAUUUGAUGCAGUUUCUCUGUGUCCAGGUUAUGCUAAAAUAUAUCAUGAUUCAUGAAUGCUAUGUAAUAUGUAAUAUUGAUCUCGUGUUGUGGGUAACUUUAUAGACAAUCUGAAUAUAUUGGGAGUUCAGAUUCUGUUGGGAAUAUAUUGGGAGUUCAUAAUGCUAAUAUGUAUUAACGA